AUGGCCGAAUGCGACGAUAAACCGACAACAGGCACGCUGAAGGACGCCGCGCAGCCCGUGGAGGUGCCGCCGAUCCAACAGCCUUUCAUCGACGACAUGUGCGACUCGGUGACGCUGAUCAAGCGCGGGCCCCAAUACUACCUGAUCAUGACGUCGACGGGGCGAUGUAACGAUCCGGUGCGCCUCGGCAGACACAUCGCGCAGCCGCUGCCCAGCCUCCGUGACUACCACAUGGCCGUCGAGAACUGGAACAGCAACGCGAGCCUGUACAACUACUGCCAGCCGAGCGCCAACGUGCCCCCGCCCGCCACCGAGCUCCCGAUGUUCGUCACCGGAGAGCGCAUGAGGCCGAAGGACUGGAUGGCCUACGUCGCCGGGCCAAACCUCCUCCAAACGGCCAAGCAGGUGGUGACGAUGAAGACGCGGGCCGCGGAAGACCUUCAAGACGCUCCGGGCGCCCGGUGGUUCACGCUGAGCCAGCACGGGCUGCACAUGAACCCGAAGCUGGCCAGCCAACUGCGCCACUACAUCCUCAAGGAGGAGGAGGAGGAUGCUGACGGUGACAAGGAGAAGCACCACUCGAAAGCCGACGAUCCGGUCACGGUC